AUGUUGUCCGAUCACCAGCGAACCGGUCAGGAAGAUCUGGAGAGACUCGAGGUUGCCAUUGCCGAUCGGCUUCUCGAAGAUCCGCGCAGUGUAAGUCUUCAAGAACGUGCUUUUAGGAAGAAGGGAGGUGUUAACAAACAAUGGCGUCCAAAGGUUCGACGGCCUCUGAUCCGUGACCAUGAAGUUGCAGGUUUUUUGAAAAAUCUCGAGGAGCGAUCUAAGUACAUCUUGGAGGUUUACGAAGAUAAUCAUGGAGAUCGCGCAAAGGAACUACAGUCGAUCAAGACCGGCGACCCAUUCGAGGGGUUUUACAACAAGCUUGCCGAGAUGAAGGCUUACUACAAGAGAUACCCGACCAUUCGUGCCGAAAAUCUCGAACGUUCGUACAAGCGCCGUCAGCCUGAGGAGGGCCAAAGAACCAGAAUCGGCGAAGAGGUUGAUAAUAUGUUCACCGGCGAGGAGAGAUAUGGAUGGUAUCUCGAUUUGACCACAAUCCACCAAGAUUACUUGAACCUGCCUGGGGUCAAGCGCCUGCCCUACAUCCAGUACCUUGACGUAUUCGACAAGCUCACUCCGCCCGAUUUCCCGCUCCAGCGGAAGGAUAAGAUUUCCGACAAAUACUUCAAUUACGUCGGCAACCUUGCUAAGUACCUGGAGGGCUUCAUCAAACGUGCCCAACCACUUAAGAACCUUCGCAAAAUCCUUGCAGGCAUUGACGACGAAUUCGAUAAGCAAUGGGCAGCGAACGAGGUCCCUGGAUGGACAUUUGAAAGGACCGGGGGCACGUGGUGUGCCGACUGCGAAAAGCUCUUUAUGAAUCACAACAUUUACGAGCACCACUUCUCCGGCCGCAAGCACAUUCGUGCCGCCAAGGCCAAGAAAGCCGCCGGCGAGUCGGGUGAGAAGUCCUCGGCGCCUCCGGCCAAUGCUUCCCCGUUUGGCGCCCAGGAACGUGCUAUUGCAUGGCGCGAACACCGCGUGCGAUGCCUGACUAAGGAGCUUCAAACCGUACGAGAAGCAACGCGCACCGAGGCUGUGCGCAAGCGCGGUUUGACGGAGCGGGAGCGCCAGAAUGAAUAUGACGACCUGAUGGCUGAACCCGAUUACACUGAGGAUGUUUACGACGAGCCUGAAUCUGAUGAAGAUGACAAAGAUGACAACAAAAUCUACAAUCCCCUUAAACUGCCUCUGCAAUGGGACGGAAGCCCCAUUCCUUUCUGGCUCUACAAAUUGCACGGUCUCGGGGUUGAAUUCCCGUGUGAGAUUUGCGGUAACUUCGUCUACAUGGGUCGUCGGGCUUUUGACAAACAUUUCAGCGAAGGCACGCACCUCUACGGCUUGAAGUGUCUCGGCAUUACCUCGAACACCAAACUCUACAACGAAAUCACUGGCAUCGCAGACGCUAUCCAGCUUCGGGAUAAGCUGGAGGCUGACCGCAAGAAGGAGAAGGAAGAUCAAGACAACGUCGAGCAGAUGGAGGAUAGCCGCGGCAAUGUCAUGCCGAAGAGAAUUUACGAUGAUCUUCGCAAGCAGGGUAUCAUCUAA